CUACCUUCCAUACUGGCUGAAGUAUGGUCCUGAUGGUACACAUCCUGACAGACCCAGAAACUUUGUCACCGAUGUGACAGCCCAGCAGAUGAACACAGUUUUAGGAAAUGUCCUUAAACUGAUUCUCAGCAAUAUCGGCACAGAAGAUGCUCCAUGGAUGAACAGAAUUGCCA